UAUGUGGGUGUAUUUGUGUUUCUUUGUGGAUGUAUGUGUUUGUGUGCGUGCGUGUAUGUAUGUACGUAUGUGCUUUUGUGUAUGUGUGUGUGUGUUUGUGUGCAUGUGAACUUUUAUGUGAAAUGAAUUAAGCAUAAAAUCAAAUUGGAAUUUGAGAUGUAAAAAAUCUGUCCACUCUGUCUCCCUCUCUUUCUCUCUAUCACCCACCCCCUUUCGUGGGUUAAUAUUUAACUCUCACCCUCUGAUAUACAUAUAUACUCUGAUGCUGUGGAUUGAUCUUGCUCACUCUUAGCAUCCCUGUAUUUUUUUCCUGCUCGCAUUUCUCUCCAGUUUCUCUCUCUCCAUUUCUCAGCAUUAUUCUGGGACUCCCGCUGUGUCUGGGCGAGCGGCAUCAUGGCUGAGUUUAGAGAAUGGCUUUGGGCCCACAGGAACUAUUUCCUUAUCGUCCUGAUACCCCUACUGGCCCUUCCACUACCACUGGUCAUCAACACAUCGGAAGCGAAGGGAGGCUAUGCCAUCAUCCUGAUGGCGCUGUACUGGUGCACAGAGUGCAUGCCCCUCGCCGCCACCGCCCUGCUGCCCAUCGUGCUCUUCCCCAUGAUGGGCAUCAUGACCUCCACAGAGGUGUGCAUGCAGUACCUGAAGGACAUCAACAUGCUGUUUGUGGGGGGUCUGCUGGUGGCCGUCGCCGUGGAGAGCUGUAACCUGCACAAGCGCAUCGCCCUCAGGGUGCUGCUCCUCGUGGGGGUCCGGCCAGCCCUGUUGCUGAUCGGGUUCAUGAGCGUGACGGCCUUCCUCUCCAUGUGGAUCAGCAACACGGCGACCACCUCCAUGAUGCUGCCCAUCGCGCACGCCGUGGUGAAGCAGCUGAGCGACACCGAGGAACAGGCCGACGCCCGCGAACUGGGCCAGGCCGGCCGCGACAACCAGGCCCUCGAGCUGAGCGAGUUCAGAGAAGGCAAGCAGGCCAAGGCAGCCCAGGGCAAGGUUGAGACGCGCUCUGUGGAGGAUGGAGAGAACGAGGCUGAGCGGCGGAGGAAGGCCCGGGAGGAGAAGUACAAGAGCCUGUCCAAAGGCCUCAGCCUGUGUGUGUGCUACUCCGCCAGCAUAGGGGGAACGGCCACCCUCACCGGCACCACGCCAAACCUCAUCCUCAAAGGCCAGCUGGACUUGAUGUUCCCGGGAAACAAAGAUGUGAUAAACUUCGCCAGCUGGUUCGCCUUCGCCUUCCCCAACAUGCUGAUGAUGCUGGUCUGUGCCUGGCUCUGGCUGCAGUGCAUGUACCUGGGGUUCAACCUGAGGAAGUCGCUUGGCUGUGGCCUGCAGAACGCCAGGGACCACGAGGCCUACCAGGUGAUGCGAAACGAGUACAGGAAGCUGGGCGCCAUGACGUACGCCGAGGCCAACGUCCUCGCCCUCUUCAGCCUGCUGGUGGCGCUGUGGUUCACCAGGGAGCCCGGCUUCAUGCCCGGCUGGGCUAGCCUGCUCUUCAACAAGGGAAACCAAACGUAUGUGACGGACAGCACGGUCGCCAUCCUCGUUGCCCUGCUGCUCUUCGCCCUGCCCUCCCAGAUCAUCAGGUCGCCAUUGGAGAGCCGCAAGGAAGGUGGGAAGGUGAAGGCCCCCCCAGGGUUGCUCACCUGGCAGGUGGUGCAUGAGCGCAUGCCCUGGAACAUCAUCCUGCUCCUGGGGGGCGGCUUCGCCCUCGCACAUGGCAGCGAGAAGUCGAACCUCUCGCAGUGGCUGGGGAACAGCCUGAUCCCGCUGCAGAACAUCCCUCCGUUCGGCAUCUCCGUGCUGCUCUGCCUGCUGGUGGCCACCUUCACAGAGUGCUCCAGCAACGUGGCCACCACCACCCUCUUCCUGCCCAUCCUCGCCUCCAUGGCCAUUGCCAUUAAGAUCCACCCUCUCUACGUCAUGCUCCCCUGCACCAUCUCCGCCUCCCUGGCCUUCAUGCUCCCGGUUGCCACGGCACCCAACGCCAUCGCCUUCUCCUACGGAAACCUCAAGGUCAUCGACAUGGCAAAAGCAGGCUUCAUGCUCAACAUCAUCGGCGUCUUCACCAUCAACCUGGCCCUCAACACCUGGGGAGCAGCCAUGUUCGGCCUCAACGAGUUCCCGUCCUGGGCCAACAUCACCAUGACUGGGCCCUGAGGGGGGGGGGAACCCCGCCCUCUUCACCAUGGAAACCUGACGGUGAGGAAGAGGAGGAUGAGGAAGAGAGGAAGAGGGAAACGGAAGGGAGAAAGGGAGGAAGGGAGAGAGGAGGAGAGGAAGGGACAGAAAGGAA